AUGUCCGCCCCUUACCCAUCGUCGACUGCCCCAAUAUCCGGUAUCACAUCUCGCCAUUUCUCACCUACAGGACAAACACACCACAUUCAGCAGCCUUCUGAGCAAUACCAAUACUCUACCAUAAUGUCCCACCCUUACCCAUCGAUGAAUGCCUCAAAUCUUGGACAAGCACGCCAGAAUACUCAGCAAAUAACCGAGCAACACUAUGUCACAAUGUCUAUUUCGCCUCUCCCCGCCACCGACAUGGCGUCUCACUCAAUGUCGCAGAGCUCGACGACCCCCGAAGACGAGCUCAUAGUAUCUAGACGUUUAUAUCAUCACUAUCAUCCGAAUACAACGCCAAUCCUUGAUUCACGUUUCCCCGGUCAGACUGAUUUUCCUGGCUCAUCAACAUCGGCCAAGAGUUUCGCUCCCACAGGGAAUUCGCUCAUUGCUAACUCACCAAAUCACAACACCACAAACCAAUACAUGGGUUACGGCGUCCCUUUCCACAACCCCCCAAGCUUCCACAGUUCCUACCACAAUACGGUAACAAGGAACAAUAUCCCACCAUCCAGCUCACUGCCAACGCCUCACUUACCGCAAAAUGUCCCUCCCAAUACAGGUCUUGCGUCUUCCAGCUCCUACCCCGAAUCACUCGCCCCUGAUUUUGGGACACAGCAUGGCUCGCAACCAGCUGGUCUUCUAUAUCAGCCAGCCCUGCAUAUGGCACCUUCGCCAUCCAUUCACUCACAAGAUCCCUCUCGCCAUAAUCCACUCGUUUACCUGAGUUCCGGGCGUCGUCGCAAAACUUAUACACAGGAAACUCCCUGCUCGUCGUCCACUACAUUUCAUUGCGACUGGCUUGACGAAAACAAUAAGCCCUGCGUAUUUAAAGGGUCACUGGGUGAUUUAAAGAAGCAUUUCACAAGCAAACAUCUGUCAGGUGCUCAAAACGCGCUAAAUAGAUGCCAUUGGCAAGGUUGCGAGUAUCAAAAACGCGCAGAUCCAACCGUCCACGACAUGCGGCGCGAUAGUGCGUGGCGCCAUGUCCGGGAGAAACAUCUAAAGAUAAAGAGGAAGAGGAAUAUCUAA